AUGAGAAUGCAGCAUAGGAUUGUGUUGUGUUGUGCUGAUGCCUUGAAUGCACUUUGCAAUGAUGAUGCAUUUCCUGCUGCAGUUUGUGAAGGUCUCGCUGGGGUGAGUGGAGUGGGGCUUUGGCAGCCGGCCGGCAACCACCACAAUAUUAGCUGCACUGAAUCCACUUCGAUGGAAGGACAGCAGGGAGAAAAUUCCCAUGGAGGGAGCUCCCAGGAAUGCGAAAUGCUGCAAGACUGGGAAUGCCUAUUUCCUCAGAUAUUGGAUAUGGUGAAGGAGCACAUCGUAGGUGAUGACAGGAAUGUGUUCCUCCGGCGUGCACGCCGGGUAAACUGCCAAUGGUGCCAGUGGGCUACACCUUUCAUCACCAGCCUGGAUCUCACAGCUAAUGGAAACUUCAAGAACAGAGUCAAACGCCUGCGUGGGUGUUUCUCUGCAGUGGAAAGUAUUUCUAUUGAAGGUGCAACAAGUGCCGAUUUCCAGCUGCUGGUAGGCUCAUUCUGCCUGAAGCAUCUGAAGGUUCACUUUUGCCCUGGCAAUGGGGUGCACAGGGCCAUGGUGUGGUGGCAAUGA